AUGGCUUGCCAUUGCCUACGUGAGAUAGCACGGUUUAGGAAUGGAGAUCCAAGGGCAGAGGCGCAGCGCCUUCACCAACUAGAUGAGGAUGAUCCACGUCUUGAUGGAAAGGAUAUUGUGCUCUUUGUUCAACCCGCUGUCUUGGCCUUUGGGUCUGUGCAUGGCGAACAUUACGACCAGUCGAAAGUGCGGGCAGCAGCAAAUGUCCUAGUCAAUGAUCGGACUGCGCAUACCAAGCAUGAACAGCCUACCAAGUUUAGCCGUUCUAUCAAAGCAAAGGGGCUCGAAGAGGCAGAUAGGUUCUCCAAGGCAGGGAGAUCCAUCAACCCUGAAAAGCCUAUCUGGAUGAAACGACCUUCGAGUGUGGAAAGUUCUGGUCACUUUGAGAAGCGUCCCGACAGGAAGAAUGAUGAUGACGAUAAUGACGACGACGACGACGAAGACCCAAUGGUUCUUGACACGAAGUAG